CGAAGUCAAGGUCACACAUUUAACCGACUGAGCCCCCCCCCCCCCGGCACCCCUGGAGUGACCUUAUUAAAGACACUGCGUCGCCUCCCCCACUCAAACUUCCAGUGGUUUCCUGCUGCGUUUGGAAUAAAGCCCAAACUCUUCACCAUCUGGCUUCCGACUGCCUCGGGCGAGUGACACCCUUUCUGGGCCUGAGCGUCCCCGUCUAGAAAAUGCGGAUAAAAUCGUGCCGGCCCCACUUCGCGCUGAAGGAUUGAAGUGAGCCCCGUUUACAGUCAGCUCCUCCGCACCUUCCCCGGGCCCAACAUCGCACCCUCGCCCGACUCUCUUGCGUGUCAUCAACGCUACCGCAAAAGACCAUCCCCCCUCUUUGAUACCCUGGCGGCAUCCCGAUUCCCCCUGCCCCGCGGCAUCCUGCCUGGCUCCCUCUCAGGCACCAGAUCGUGUGCUGUGAAUUCUUUCUGGGAAAUGUCGCUGCCUGGGGCGCCGUCCCGUGCCAGGGAACAGCUGCUUCAGAGCUGAGAAGUAUCAGAACUGUCAGAGUUGAGAAGGAGCCUAACUUCCCAGCUUAGGUCUAAAAAAGUCAGGAAAUAGCUAGCAUUCGGCUUGCUAAUAUUCAUCCUUGUUUAAAAAAUGUGCCUUCCUCCCAGCACUUCAGAACUUCCUGUUCUUCUAGAAUAAAGUCCCCCAGUCCUUAGCGUGGUGUUCAGUGGAGCACUAACUCCAAGUGUCCUCCCUGCCAGUGACACCGCCCAGGUUCCAGGCUAAGCGGACUCCCUGUGACCGUUAGCUAUGCCCCCUGCUUCCCCCCUCUGUGCCCUGCCCCCCGGGAGGCCCUGCGCUCUGUCCCUCUCUGCAGGCCGCCACCCCACGCCGGGCUUCGAACUACCACCGGUGCUCCAUUUCUGUCACUUACGUCAUGUGGCACCUUCUGCUUGGUCAUGUCACUCUCGGUACUGCCCUCGCGUCAUUGCCCCCACCGAAGGACAGGGACCAUGUCUCGUUUUAUCAGCCAUCUACCGUAGCACGUAGUUUCGGUGUCCCUGGUGCCUAGCCAGCUCGUGGGUUAGGUCGUAUCUACCACUGCAUGCCACAGGUGAUGCAACACCCUAUGAGGCAGGUACUAUUAUCAUCCCCACUUUAGAGAUAAGGAAGUUGAGGCUUAGAGAAGCACACCACUUGCCCAGCAGCGCUAUCACCAAGUGCAAAUCUGAGCUCUAGACCUGGGUGUGUCUGGUAGCAAUAACAUGUGCCAGCAGCCAGCCUGGAGGCUUCUACCGUGGUGCCAUUUGUAUCCUCAAAAGACCCUGGGUGGUAAGAAUUAUCCUUAUUUUCCACAGGCGUGAACUCAGGCUCACCGUUCAUGAUAAGAACACUCGAUAAAGCAGGAGAGGAAGGGAACGUCCUCAACCCGAUAAAGGCGUCUGAGGAGACCCCACAGCUAAUGUAUUUACUGGUGAAGGCCGAAUGCUUUCCAUCUAGGACAGGCACAGAUUCAACACUGUCCUGGAGGUUCUAGUCAGCACAGUUAGGCGACACAUAGAAAUACGAGACGUUCCAACCGGAGGGGGGAAAAAAAAGACACUAAAACUCUCUGUGCAGAUGACAUCAUGCUAUAUAUAGAAAACCCUGAAGGAUAUACACGCGCACAUAAACCUAGUAGAGCCAGCAAAUGAGUUCAGCAAGGUCACAGGACACAAGAGCAUCACACAAAAAUCAGCUGCAUUUCUGGGCGUUAGCAAUACACAGCCCAAAAGAGAAAUUAAGAAAACAACUCCACGUACGAUGGCGUCAAAAAGAAGAAAAUUCUUGGGAAUAAAUCAAGCAAGUGCAAGACUUUUACCCUGAAAACUGCCGAACAGAGUUGAGGAGUAUUAUUCUGCCCUCAAAGGGGAUGAAGCCCUGACCCCAUGCUGCCAUGUGGAUGGACCUCAAAAACACCGUGCCACCUUGAAGGAGCCAGACACAAAAGGCCACACAGUGUAAGAUUCCGUGUAUGGAACACCCAGAAGAGAAUAAGUCACGUUUUCUUCCUCGAACUUGGCGAACAUGGAGGGAGCUGAUCCCCAGAGACGAGGAGGCCGUGAGCCCCGGGGAGGAGACGGUGGAGGCCCUGUUGGGCCUGGUCCGCAGCCCCCACUCCCCCUGGGCUCUGCUGGAGGGCUCCAGUGCAGAGGACCGUUUUCUGAGAGAACUGGCCAUCCAGAAUCCCCUGAUGCUCAAGGACACCUUCUUCUACUCCUACUUCAGGUCCCUACGAGUGGUGGACAAGCAGGUGAGCCUGGUGGAUAAAGACCUCCUGAAAUUUCUAAAUCUUGAAGAGUUGGUACUGAGUGCUAAUCAAAUCCAGGAGAUCGAUGCUGUCAACCUGCCCCCAACUCUCAAGGUAAAAGAGCUCAGACUCCAUUUAGGGUCUUCGAGUUGGCUCUGCCCAGAGGCCCUGCCCCUGCCCUCCCCACAGAAGGUUUGGCCAGUGUGGCUGGAUGCCAAGGACCAGCCCCAGGCUUUGGAGAGGGAGGCCAGGUUCCGAAAAAGUAGAAUCUCCAUAGGACCCUGCAGUUCUGUGUCUGGGUGUAUGCCCCAGAGAAGUGAAGGCAGGGACUGAGAUUCUUGCUGGCCCGUGUUCACGGCAGCACUCCUCACGACAGCUGAAAGGUGGAGACAACCCAGAUGUCCACCAGCCAAGAAAGGGCAAACAAAAUGUGGUCCCUCCAUGUGGUGGGAUAUUCUUCAGUCAUAAACAGGAACGAUUCGUGCUGGGACAUGGACGAACCUUGAACACGUGAUGCUGAGUACAAGAGACACGAGAGGUCACAUGUUAGCUGAUUCCGCUUGCAUGAAAUAUCUAGAAGAGGCAAUUCCACAGAGACAGGGAGUAGAUUAGAGGUUACUGGGGCAGGGGUGAGGGCGAUGUGGAGUUGUUGCUUAAUGGGGUACAGUCUGUCUGGGGUGAUGAAAAAUUUCAGAAGUAGGUAGCAGUGACAGCUGCACUACAGUGUGAGUGAACUUAAUGCCACUGAAUUGUACACUUAAAAGUAGGUAA